GGUGGCCAUUUAUGUAUGAUAAAAAUUGUACCGUAACUACGCGAUCGAUCGGCCAUCUAUAAAUUUUUAAGUAGGUGCUUGAAUUUUAAAAUUUUGAAUUUUCAAUACCUAAUAAAAUGGCAAGGCAUUGAAGUCAAAAUUGUAAAAGGGCUUGGUUAUUGGAAUUCAAUUUUCUGAAGAUUUGAGCAUGAUCGUAAUAGAGUGAGAUAAGAUCAUUAGGUUAGAGGAUUUUUUUUUUUUUAAGAAAGUUAAAAAAUGGAAACAAUGCGACUCAUCAUCGACAUUUUUAUCAAUAACGACAUUUUUAUCAAUCACUGAUAGCAACAUCUUCGUAUGUUCUCAAAACAAAAUUUUUGAAGUUUUCCCUUCUAUUGAUGUUGUUGAAUUUAAUUUUCCGAAAGUAAUUAUGAAAAUCACUCUUCUACAAUAUUUUUAAAAAAUUGUUGCUGUUACUAACUCUGCGUUGCUGAAGUAAUUUCUAAAUUCACCAAGGUGGAACACACCAGAACUGUUUUUUUAUUCUAAAAAUAGUUCAUUUAUAUAUUUAUUUUGUGAGUCAACAUCAUGCUAUUAAUUUGACAACCAAACUAACAUAGCAUCUAAUUGAAUUCUCAUCUGAUUACUUCUACAAGAAGCAUGCUACCGCUUACUUCUCUACUUGUGUAAAGAAAAGUCUUUAAAUGCAAUCCUAUAACAAGCUCUAGAGAAACCUCACACAACCCAGCUUCAUCCAUCUCCCUAUAUCUCCUGUUUAGCUCAUCACAAUGGUGGCAGUUGAAGAGUACACAGAAAAGCUCACCGUGGUCGUCGACGGCGUAGAAUUUCUCGUCGAAAAGAGCACCUUCACGUACAAACAAGGCACCGUCAAAGUCGUCCGGCCCGGUGAAGUUCGCGUCGAUCGCUUCAACAACAUUCAGAUCAAAGCCCAGGGCUACAACAUCUCCUUCGAUCGCUGCAACAAUAUUUAUGCCGAAGGCGGUCAGAAAAUCUCAGUGCAUCGGUGCAGCAACGCGCAGAUAGUACAAAGCAGCAGCAUCGUCGUCAAGCGAUGCAACGACGUCUAUGUUACAGGCGGCGGCGAUGUUCUACUCGAACGGUGCAGAGUUGCUCGCGUGGAGGGCGGCAGGAACUUACUGAUCAAACGGUGCAACUUCGUCAGUGUCGAUUUCUGCGGCGAUGUUUGCAUCAAACGUUGCGACACGGCUCGGAUCUUAAGGUGUGGCGCUCUUCGGGUCCAUCGCUGUUACAGUGUUGAUGUGUGGGGAUGCAACAACAUUUUGGUUCACAGAGGUAAAGUAAAUUGCAUGGGGAACUACUGUGCAGAUCAGCAGCAGCAGAAUGAAGAUGAAUGCAAAGAAAUAUGAUCACUAUGGCUGCUUGAUGAAGUUAUAAGGUAUCUCUAUGGGACAAAAUAAAGAAGAGAGAGAAAGAGAUAUAAGUGUGUGAUGCUUUUGUGGGUUAUAUGCUUUAAUUUAGGUUUGCUAUAUAUUGUGAAAAAUAUGUUGCUUGGUUUGUAAUCUGAGUAUGAUUUCGUAUGCUGUAGAACAUAAUAUUACAAGUGUGAUAUUGAUUGCAAAUUUGUGCCUCAA